UGAAAGAGAAGAAGUCGAUGGAGUAGAGCAAUGCCAAUGAAUAACUUCCACGGGCCCUACAUAUUCCUUUUUCAGUUUUUUGCUUUUCCGACCAGAUCUUCAUAGCUCCCUUGCAGCUUCAAAUCGUACGGUCGAACAGUCGAAGUGUUCCCUGCAGCCCCGCAUCACCGUCCAUCUUUUUUAUCACAUCAUACGAACAAGCGCCCCUGCACGACGCAUCAUACUGGUGACUAACACGGUACCUGAAACCCGCGCAGAAACCGAAAAAACCCGAAUACACAAAAUCUUCAGCACAGAAAGAAGCGAGAGCUCAUUUCUAUUCAUUCAUCGUCAUCAUCGACACCAACAGCAAUGUUUUCUAGAUUCUUUCAGAAACCUCCACCACAGCAAUCUCCUCCUCAUGCGCAGCAGGAAGCGGGAAAAGGAAUUUCUAAAUCAGCGGAUUUCGAUCCGCGAGUUGUUCUUCACUUCGGAGUUCCAUCUACGGCGUCUAUCCUUGCAUUUGAUCGCGUCCAGCGUCUAUUGGCUGUGGGAACACUUGAUGGCAGGAUAAAGGUGUUUGGAGGAGACAAUAUUGAAGGAAUUCUUUACUCGUCUAAGCAUACAGCCUUCAAGAAUUUAGAGUUCUUGGAUAAUCAAGGUUUUCUUGCUAGUGUCUCAAGUCGUAAUGAGAUUCAGAUUUGGGAUUUGGAAAGCAGGCAAAUUGCUUCUGCUUUGCAGUGGGAGUCCACUAUAACUGCUUUCUCUGUUAUUUAUGGCACCAGUUACAUGUAUAUUGGGAGUGAGCAUGGGAUGGUAUACGUGUUGAAGUUUGACGCUGAAAGCAGAAAAAUUGAUAUAUUGCCUUAUUAUGUUCCUACAAAUGUUAUAUCUGAUGCAGUUGGAAUAUCACUUGAUCAAAUUUCAGUGAUCAGGGUUCUUCAUCCGCCUUAUUCCAAUGGAAACAGACUAUUGAUGGCAUAUGAGAAUGGCUUGAUAGUACUCUGGGAUUCUUCUGAAGAUAAAAUUGUUCAAAUCAGAGGACAAAAGGACACUGAGCUGAAGAUAGAAAGGGUGACUAGUUAUUCAAAUGACCCUAAGGAUGAUUCCUCUGACAAUAAAGUAGAUAAUGAAGAAGAGGAUAAAGAGAUAAGCUGUGUUUCAUGGGCAUCUAAUGAUGGAUCUGUUGUUGUUGUUGGUUAUGUAGAUGGUGAUAUAAUGUUUUGGGAUUUGUCAAAUGCUGACUCUUCUUCAAAUCAUCAAUCCCAAAAGUUGUCUAAUAAUGUUGUCAAGCUUCAAUUAUCAUCGGCAGCUAGAAGACUUCCUAUUAUUUUUCUACAUUGGUGUGCCAAUAAAUCUUUUGGUAAUAAUGGAAGCCAACUUUUUGUGUAUGGUGGUGAUGAAAUUGGGUCUGAGGAAGUUCUGACAGUUUUGGGCCUUGAUUGGUCAUCUGGUUUAAAAAGUAUUAAGUGCACUGGUCGCAUUAAUAUUGCACUUAAUGGUUCCUUUGCUGAUAUGGUUUUGUUAUCUAGUGAUUACCAUGCAACGGGAACUGGUAAUAUGAUAUUUGUGUUGACAAAUUCUGGACAGCUGGAUCUUUAUGACAACAAUUGUUUGUCGUCUUUAAUGUCUAAGCAAGAAAAGAAGACUUCUUCUCCUACACUGCAAUAUCCCAUGGUCAUACCCACUCUUGAACCCUACAUGACAACUGCAACGCUUGCUGUGAUAGAUCAUGAUGUGAAGACAUUUAGGGACUUGUCUCAGGUUCUUGUAGCUGCAAAGCAGCAUUUAGUACAAAAUCAGACAAGUAUGGGCAUAAAGUGGCCUUUGACCGGUGGUGUUCCAGGUCAGCUUUUCAAAGAAGACGAUCAUAUCAUUCAAAUAUAUAUAGCAGGAUACCGAGAUGGAUCUGUUCGGAUAUGGGAUGCCACAUAUCCGGCUUUGUCACUAGUUUACAACAUAAAAUGUGAGGUAAAUGAUGUUAACAGUGACAGUGCAAGUGCACCAGUGUCAGCAUUGGAUUUUUGCCCUGAUACUUUACACCUGGCUGUUGGUGAUGAAAGUGGUAUUGUCCGUCUAUAUGGUCUAAUACAGAGUUCAAGCGAAACAACCUUUCAUUUUGUGACUGAUAAGGGAACUGAAGUAGUUCACAAUAAGCAUCAAGGAGAUGUACCUCAUUGCACAGUACUGUUUUCCCUUCAAACUUCUGUUGUAUGCACCCUACAGUUCGCAAACCAUGGAGGGAAGCUUGCUGUUGGAUAUGAAAAUGGCCAGGUUGCUAUGCUUGAUAUCAAUACAUCAUCGGUUUUGUUUUUUAUGAAAACUGAACCUGACUCACCUUCAGCAGUUAUUUCUCUGACUGCAAAAUUUUCAGACUCUCGUAGCUUAAACAUUCCACAGCAAUCUGUAUCUGAUAAUUCUGAUAGUUCUGAAAAGGGGCUACUCUUCAUUAUAACAAGGGAUGCAAACCUUGUUGUAGUAGAUACUUCAAAUGGAAAUAUGGUCUGCAGUAGGAGCAUGAGGGUAAAUGCAAAAUUGAAUGCAGUUUCAAUGUAUGUUACAGAUGGUUUUUCUGAACUAUCAACUGAAACAGAGUCAUUAAAAUCACCUCAGAAAAGUGAUUCUGGAAUUCAGGACAAUGUUCAGUCCGAAGAUGCAAAAGUUGUAGAUGAAAGAGCUACUACCGUAGAAACUUCAUACUUCGGGGAGAUAGUAUCCAACUCUCUCAUUUUAAUUUGUUAUGAGACUGAAUUGAGCUUACGCACUUUAAAAUCUGUGAUAGAGCAGGAUAGCAGCAAGUGUAUAAAGAAGGUGAACCUUGUAGAGAAAUGCUGCUGGACUACAAUCAUUAAGAAACAUGAGAAAGAAUGUGUUCUGGUUGUACUGUAUCAAACUGGAGGCAUUGAAGUAAGGUCCAUACCAACUUUGGAAGUGUUGGGAGAGAGUUCUUUAAUGUCAGUCCUAAGAUGGAAUUGGACAAAUGACAUGGAAAAGACAAUAUGUUCUUCAAAUGGACAAAUAAUUCUGGUCAAUGGGAAUGAAAUUGCUUCAAUAUCACUGUUGACAUGGCAAAAUGAGUUCUGGAUUCCGGAGUCUUUUCCUUGUCUUCAUGAUAAAGUUCUCCAAGCUGCUGUUGAUGUUACUGUGAGCCAAUCUCCAAGCCAGAAUGAAAGACAGGGAACAACUUCUGUAUUUGCUAAUUUUGUCAAGAACUUCACGGGAAAAGCAGAUCCAAAUGCAAAUCAACCAGUUCAUCCUAAUAUUUUGGAGAAUCUAGAACAAUUAUUCUCAAAUCCUCCCUUCUUAAAGCCUUCAUCAGGCACAGUUGAUCCACUUGAUGAUUGGGAGCUUGACUUAGAUGAUAUUCAUAUUGAUGAACCCAUAGUCCUUUCACCUGUACAGAAAAGCGAUGAUGACAAAAGAGAUAAAGGAAAAACAGCUGACAAACAGAAAACUGAUAUAGACAAGAAAGAUAAAGGAAAAGCAACGGACAGAGAGAAACUGUUUGAGGAUGCAGGCAGUGAUUCAAAACCAAGAGCUAGAACAGCUGAUGAAGUUAAGGCCAAAUAUAGAAAGACAGAGGCAAAUGAUGCCGCUGCAGCAGCUUCGCUUGCAAAGCAAAAACUUCUAGAGCGGCAAGAAAAGCUUGCGCUGCUCAACGAACGUACUGAAGAGCUGGCAAAUGGGGCAGAAGAUUUUGCAUCCAUGGCCAAAGAACUCGCUAGAAGAAUGGAAAAUCGUAAAUGGUGGCAGUUAUAACCAAGUUACAUGAUUCAUUUUUCCCGUGGGCGUGUCCAACCGCCAACCUGCCUCACUUCUCUCCGAGGUAGCUCUUACUCUCUAGUCUGUUGCUUAGUUAGUAGUUAUGCUUGUAAAAAAACAUUUAUUAUUCUUACAUGUGUUAGAGUAAUUUGAUUAGUGUGUGCUUAUAUUUUAUUUUUGUAUAUUAUAAUUAGACUCAAUAAGGCGCUAAACGUGAAGAGAAUAUUUCAGUAA